GUGUGAAUAGACAAUCAACAAAUGAGUUGUCUAUCAAUUAGAUUAACUUUAACAUGAUUAGUGAUCAACAGAAUCAAAAAUAGAAAUGAAAAAAAGAGAAAAUCAUUUUCUUGGUUAACUUGUUUUUCUCUCUUUCCAAAGAGCCAAAAGAAACUCACAUUUGGAACUUGUUGUUCUCUUAAUUAUUUAAAUUCUAAAUGAUUUACAAUUAAUUAAUUUAUUAUUAUCUCUUUAAUUCUUAUAGUUAUUCAUGACUAAGUUCGAUUGCUCCAUUUAGGAACCUUUUUUUUGUCACCAUCAAGACCAAAUCAUUUCUCCAAAUGAACAAUUGUCAAAAUCUAAUUUGAUUGGUAAUUCUUACAAUGACUUUGACUGUGGACAAUUUGAUAAUUAGUGGAGUUCAAAAGAUUGUACUUUAUGAGACGAAAGCGAGAUACUUCAUUGUCGGUUCUAAUAGCGCUGGGACUACAUUUCGAGUGAUUAAAAUUGAUCGAACCGAACCUAAGGAUCUUGUUCUUACUGAUGAUGGUGUUAAAUACAAUAAGAAAGAAAUAACUGAAUUAUUGGCUCGAAUUACCAAUGGAAAUAAAAAGAAAACACCACAAACACCAAAUCGUAUCUCCGCUUAUGGGAUUUUUGGUUUCAUCCGAUUUCUUGAAGGUUAUUAUAUGAUUCUAAUAACAAAGAGACGGAAAAUCGCUCAAAUUGGACAUCAUAAUGUUUACAAAAUACUGGACACAAGUAUGAUCUAUUUACCAAAUGACACAGAGAAAAAUAAUCCCGAUGAAUCAAAGUACUUGAAAAUGUUUCAAAAUGUUGAUCUUUCCAGUAAUUUUUACUUCAGUUACAGUUACGAUUUAACUCAUACUCUUCAAUACAAUUGGAUGCCUUAUAAUUGUAACCAUCAAUUUCGUAAGCGACCUGAUCAAACUCUUUGGGAAGGUAAAUUGGAAGAGGAACAAGGACCAUCAUUGAACAUUGAAGCCAUUCGAACUCAACCCAAUUGGAAAUUUGUCUGGAAUGAAUAUCUUCUUUCUCGUGUCGAUCUUCAUCCCGAUUGGCUUUUGUACAUAAUCCAUGGUUUUGUCAGUCAAACGGACAUUUGUGUCUUUGGUCGGCCAAUUUAUUUAACUCUUAUUGCCCGUCGAUCAAAAAAAUAUGCUGGCACCCGAUUCCUUAAGAGAGGAGCCAAUUUAGCCGGUGAUGUGGCCAACGAAGUAGAAACGGAACAGAUCGCUUUUGAUGCUUCCCUUUCUUCACUUAACGUUGUCAAAUAUACAUCGUUUGUUCAAAUUCGCGGUUCAAUUCCGUCACAUUGGUCGCAGGAUAGUUUUAAAGUCGUUCCUAAACCGGCGAUUCAAUUGGACUUUGUUGAUCCUUAUUUUCAAACCGCUGGACGACAUUUUAAUGAACUUCUUUCUCGCUAUGGUUCACCAAUUGUUGUUCUUAAUCUAGUCAAGAAACGAGAAAAAAAGCCACACGAAAGUGUUUUAUCUCGAGAGAUUAAAGAAGCGCUUCAGUAUUUAAAUCAAUUUAUUCCCUCGAAACAUUCAAUCAUCUAUAUUGGCCUGGACAUGGCUCGAAUCAACAAAUCAAAAGACGCUUCGGUAAUGGAAAAAUUAUCCGACAUUGGCUAUCGAAUGCUCAAAUUAACGGGAAUCUUUCAAAGUAAACAGUCCAAAAAUUUACCCAAUCCAAGUUUUCUCAAUAAACUUGGCGGUGUGACCACUCCAACUGGUCAAGUCGUUCAAACAGGAAUAGUUCGUGUAAAUUGUGUUGAUUGUUUGGAUCGCACCAAUACAGCACAAUUUGCUCUUGGUAAAUGUGCUCUCGCUUAUCAACUCUACGUUCUUGGUGUCCUUCCAACGCCAACCCUUGAAUUUGACACCGAUACAAUCAGAAUGUUGGAAGAGAUUUAUGAAGAUCAUGGUGAUACCCUUGCUCUUCAAUAUGGUGGCUCACAAUUAGUCCAUAGAAUUAAAACUUAUCGUAAAAUAGCCCCACUUUCAUCACAUUCUCGAGACAUUAUGCAAACUCUUUCCCGUUAUUACAGUAACACCUUUUCCGAUGCCGAUAAACAAGAUGCCAUUAAUCUGUUUCUCGGUGUUUUUCGACCUAAACCCGAAUCACCCUACAUUUGGGAUCUAUCAACAGACUAUUAUCUUCAUAAUGGUGAAAUUUUGGUAAAAAAUUUAUUCAAUCCCUCACUGAUUCCAAUUACCCGAUGGUGGGAUGAAAAAGUAGCCCAAAGUUUACCUCGAUCGUCAUUAGAAAUUUUCAAAGGUUGUCCUAAGAAUAUUUUCUACGAUCCAUCAAUUGAAGAUAUCGACAUGAUGACCGAUGGUUUCUCAGAACAGUAUCGACCUCAAGAUUUAACUGUCCUAGCAAAUUAUUUCCUCUUCGAGAUAAGUCACACUGAGCGACACUUUAUGCCAAAUUGUACUGUUAUUAAGGAGCACAGUCCAUUUUUCGUUCGACAAAGGCCAAACAAACGAAAAGCAUCUCUGCCAACCUCGAAUGUCCUACCACCUAAUCCAUCAGUUUCUGGACAUGUUUCAACUUCCUCAUCCGAUUCUCCAGAUGAAGAGGGUGAUGAUGAUUAUUCCAGUGAUGAAGACAUGAGUCUCUUUGGUUACAAAUAUUCAGCUCCUUCCGUUUCCUCUGUUAGCUCAAAAUCAGAUUCAUUUAUCUACAAUAACUUUGACACCAUCGAACAUGAUUACGGUGUUUUAUACGAAUCACCCAAACCAGUGGACCUUAAAUUGUACACUAAAUAUGUUGCUGAUGGUCAAUCUUCCGGUGAAUUUGGAUUGAUUAAAAAAUCCACCGAUAGAAAACAAUCAACAGGAAACUUGAAUCAACUUGAUGGAAAAAUUCAACCUGUAUUAAACAUUCCAUCUAGAUUUGAUUUAACUUUUAAUCCACUUUCUAAUCAUCAAUUUAACCUCAACAUUUCUCAAUCUAAUUUAGCAACACAAUCAAUUUAUGAACAAUACGUUGCCAAGAAAAAAAAUGGUUCCAAUUAUCCAGAAUCGAAAACAUUGGAUUUUUAUAACGAUUACAUUUCAACUGUUAACGAUAAAUCGUCUUAUUUAAAUUGUGGUUUAAUCAUCAUGACCGGAGAUUAUGUUGAGUAUAAUUUCAUUGGUAAAUUAGUUACAUUAGUUAAAUCAUGGAGAGGAUCAAGGAAAUUACUUGUGUUAAUUGUUGCUGUUGCCCUUUUACUGGACAAUAUGUUAUUAACUUGUGUUGUGCCAAUUAUCCCAGCAUUUCUUUAUGAGAUUCAUCACAAUGAGAAUCAAAUUAAAUCAAAUGCCUCUCGAUUACUAUUAACAACAACAACGACCACAACUAAUUCACCUCGAGAAGUACCAAUACUUAUACCUAACCAAUUAAAAGGUAAUAACAAUAAUAAUAACAGAAACGAUCAACAUUCACAUGGUGGUUCUGAAUGUACUUGCCCAUUAAAUGAACAAACAACAACCUCUUCAAGUACAUCAUCCUCAUCAUCUUAUGAAAUACCAUCAAUGGAAUCAAUUACUCCAGAAAAAGAGGCCAAACAAUUAAAACACAAAGAAUUGGUUGAUGAAUCAACCGAAGUUGGAGUUCUAUUUGCUUCUAAGCCAGUUAUCCAAGCAAUUACAAAUCCUUUCAUCGGACCAAUGACCAAUAGAAUUGGUUAUUCAAUUCCAAUGUUUGCUGGAUUCGUGAUCAUGUUUCUAUCAACAUUAAUUUUUUCAGUUGGUAAAUCGUAUUCAACAUUAUUCAUAGCUCGAUCUCUUCAGGGUGUCGGCUCAGCUUGUACUUCAGUGGCUGGUAUGGGAAUGCUGGCUGAACGUUAUCCCGAUGAUCGUGAACGAGGUAACGCAAUGGCCAUUGCCUUGGGCGGUUUAGCCUUAGGCGUUUUAAUUGGCCCUCCUUUUGGUGGUAUAAUGUAUGAAUUUGUUGGUCGAGCAUCACCUUUCCUGAUCUUAGCCGGUUUGGCUUUAUUAGAUGGGAUUCUUCAACUUUUCGUCCUUCAGCCCAAAGUUUCACCCGAUCCACAAGAAGGAGCCUCAUUGUUAACCCUAAUUAAAGAUCCUUAUAUUCUGGUUGCCGCUGGUGCGAUCACUUUUGCCAAUGUUGGAAUCGGUAUUCUCGAACCUGCUCUUCCCCUUUGGAUGAUGGACACUAUGGAUGCUAAGAAUUGGGAGCAAGGAGCUGCUUUUCUACCAGCAUCCAUAUCAUACUUGAUAGGAACCAAUGUUUUCGGUCCACUGGGACACAAAAUGGGCCGAUGGCUCGCAUCGAUGCUCGGGAUUAUCGCCAUUGGAUUUGCUCUGAUUAGUAUACCGAUGGCUAAAAGUUUGGACCAAUUGAUUAUACCAAAUGGUGUUAUUGGCUUUGCAAUUGGAAUGGUUGAUUCAUCUAUGAUGCCAAUGUUGGGAUAUUUGGUUGACAUUAGACACAAAUCAAUUUAUGGUAAUGUCUAUGCGAUUGGUGAUGUUGCUUUUUGUGUUGGAUUUAUAUUUGGUCCUUUUCUUAGUGGAACUAUGCUUCGAUUGUUUGGUUUCGAGGGAUUGGUCACAAUUACUGCCACAAUUUGUUUUAUUUUUGCUCCAUUUAUGCUACUUUUGAGAUCCCCUCCAGCGAUUGCUGAGAAUCAGUCUAUUUUACAAGAUGUCGCAGUUAAAUACGUUAAUUACACCAAUGAAUUAACAUCUGAAGAGGAGAUGGAUGUGAAAAAAAAUGGAUCACCUUUGGUUCCUUAAUUGUUUUCUUUUCCUUGAAAGAAUUAAAUUUUAACCUUUCAAUGGAAGAAGAAAAAAAAAAUCUCAAUUGCAACAAUUUAUCUGAAAAGAAUUAAAAUUAAUUAUAAAAUUACUCGUUCUUCCCUAACUAAUACUAAUUGUAAAACCAUUCAACAAUAUAUUCAUAAUAAAUAAUGUCUGUGAUUGAUCAAU